AUGGGUUUGACAAAGAGCCAGAGAAUUGGCAUACUGCUGGGGAUCGAUUCUGCGUUCUUCCUGGUGGAGCUCGUCGUUGGCUAUACCGUCCAUUCACUAGCCCUGGUGGCAGAUUCGUUUCAUAUGUUGAAUGAUGUUUUGUCAUUGUGUGUUGGGCUCUGGGCAGUCCGUGUUGCGAACACUGGAAGUUCCAAAAUGUUCACCUACGGCUGGCAGCGAGCAGAGACACUGGGUGCUCUGGUCAACGGUGUUUUUCUAGUUGCCUUGUGUCUCUCGAUCUUCCUCGAAGCCAUCCAACGAUUUGUGGAACCUCAAGUCGUCUCCAACCCAAUGCUCGUUCUGAUUGUUGGCUGCCUCGGCCUGGCCUCCAAUAUUUUCGGUCUUCUCCUCUUUCACGAUCACGGUCAUAGCCACGGAAGCCAAGAACACGGGGAUGCGGUCAAAGAUGCGGAAGAAGGUCACGGACAUGUUCACAGUCACGACGCGGAAACCGAGGCCGUCGCCGACGAAAGUGGCAAUAUUGAAGAUGUCCUUCCUCAAGUAAAAGUCGCUGGUUACAAAGGGCCCGAUGCACGAAACUUUACAUCCUCGGACGAAGAGAACACAACCAUUUCAGGUCAAUCGUCAGACACACCACACCGCAGGUCACUAGGCAAUGGCGAGAUUCACGGUCGACAUCGGCGUAGGACCUCAGGGUCGCUUGGACGAGGCUUCGGUUCAGUGGAUAAUAUCCACGUUCAUCCAGCUUCUUUUCGACAGGAAAUCAUCCAGGCUGCUCGGCUCGAGGAGCGAUCGGAUGAAUCUUCAGAGGAAGGUGAAGCCUUACUGGAAGACGAAGAUGUACCCACCGAACGUUCACAGAUCUUUGGGAAAGCUGGGACAACCCCGUCGAAAGGCAGUCAAGGCUAUGGCAGCAUCGGCAGACGACAUAGUAUGGACUAUAACCAUGCUGAGCAUUUGCAUAACAAGCCUCAGGGAGAGUCUCACAAAGGCCAUGGCCAUGGUGGUCAUGGUCAUUCCCACGGAGAUUUGAACAUGCGAGGUGUUUUCCUUCAUGUCUUGGGUGACGCGCUUGGCAACAUUGGUGUGAUCGCUUCUGCCUUGAUCAUCUGGCUCACCACCUUCCCGGCCCGGUACUACUUUGACCCUGGUAUUUCACUUGUCAUCACCGUCAUUAUCCUCUACAGCGCUAUCCCUCUUUGCAAGGCAGCCAGCCGGAUCCUACUGCAGGCGGUACCAGUGGGCAUAUCGAUCGACGAAAUCACUUCCGACAUUGAAUCACUCCCGAGAGUCAUUUCGGCUCACCAUCUCCAUGUGUGGCAGCUAAGUGACACCAAACUUGUUGCCAGCUUGCAUGUCAAGGUUGACUGUGAAGUUCACGGGUCAGGUUCUGCUAGUUACAUGCAUCUUGCCCGCGAAAUUCGAGGUUGUCUGCAUGGCUACGGCAUCCACAGCUCAACUAUUCAGCCCGAGUUUACGUCACCACCUGCUGAUGCGGCGACAUUGGGCAGUCAGCUGAAUCCCUCGCAAAAUGCAACGAGUAGCAACGCUGCAAGUGUGAACAGUGAAGGACCGACAUGCCUCCUUGAGUGCGGCAACGAUUGUGCUAACAACAAAAUGUGCUGUCCGUCAGAUGGAAAGAGUGGCGGCCAAAACGGCAAGAAAUGA